GUCAUAUAGCAAAAACGAUUACUGAUAAAUUUGGAAACGUAACUUCAAAAUUAAAAAAAAGGGUCGGAAGAAUCACUGAAGUUUUUUAAUAUCGAAAAGAUUUAAUUGACUUACGACUAAAAUCUUUUAAAUUGAGUUUCUCACGGAUUCACUAUGCCGUCUUUAUAUUUUUAUUCAAAAUGUGCUAUAUUUAUAUUUUGUUCUAUAUUUGGAGAAAUUAUUGCAGAUGAAAGCGAUCCUUCAGAUAUCGUUAUCAUUGAAGAACUAGAAUCCGAGACAGAAAUCCAGAAAGCAGGAGAAAUGCCGUCAGCUCUGGGAUUUAACGUCCGUCUUGUUCAUGGCGAGUCCCCUGUUCAUCUGAAACUGAAGAGAAAUCCCAUAGGAUAUGAAAGACAAAAAAUGGUCUCUAUUCGUCAGAAUGCCACUACUGGAGAGAUCUAUUUCAAGGAAGAAAACAUACCACCAUUAAAGAACGUGGCACUCUACCAGGAUAACGAAACACAAGCUGCAUUUACAGUAACCUGUGGAGAAGACUCAGAAGGACACUGUAUUUUGAUUGGAAGUUUGAAUGUGAAUGGCGAAGAGUACGAUAUAACACCUAUGGAGAAAAAUCCUGGAACAAGAAGAAAAAAGAGACGUGCUAGACGAUAUGGUGAAUCAAGGCAAUUGCGCAAUAGUGUGUUCAGAGAAUAUCAUAAUCCUUACACCCAAGUCAACAAUAACAAUCUUGUCCACCCCACUCAAAAUGUCCAUUACAAUCGCCACGCCCAACCUAAUGAAAACGUUCAUCACAAUCCCUAUGUUCAAUCAAAUCAACCAGUCAGAGAAACUAUCCAGCAGGAUUUUAAUCCAUUUGCAACCAAUCAAAUUGAUUAUGAUCUAGAAAAGCGAUUACUUGAAUAUCCUGGAGAACCAGUUGUACAUGGUGCAGCUGGGGAAUUUCAAGGAAAUGAGAUAUAUCCACCUACCCCGCCACCAAAACGGAGACAGCUGUAUGCAGCUUUUAGGAAAGAUCCCAAGAAAGGAAUCAAAGGAGACUGUGUCGGACGAAAUCCCAUUUUAAAAGACGUUCCAUUUCAAACACUUGCCCGACGAGAAAAACAAAGGGAAGCAACAUUCGCUCAGGGGGGUUUCAAUCAACAAGUCGCUCAACACAAGCGUAAUAAUGCACGAGAGGCUUUCAGAACAUUCACAGGAGCUGCACGUGACUACUAUAUAACGCUAGUAGUGGUGGUUGACUAUAGUAUCUAUAUGAGAUUUUACAAUGCAAGUACAGAGAGGAAUGUCAGAGCAAGAGAUAGAGAUGCCAAGUCUAAGAUCAGAAUGUACUUUGCUCACAUUGUGAACGGGAUUGACCUUCGUUAUGAGAACAUCAGAGAUCCUACUUUUGCUGUCAAGGUUGCAGUAACAGAGUAUGUUAUUGCUGAUCAUCCUAACUUCUCCCCUUGGACAAACACCUAUGUUAACCCUGAGUACAAAUAUGUAGCAGUUUGGGAUGCCCUCAACAAAUUGGUUGACUGGAGAGAGACGAUGUUUAAACACCUUCCUCCCCACGACCAUCUGAUGUUAUUUACCGGAGAAGAUUUAUAUGAAACACGAUCUGAUGAUGCAACGGUGACAGGAUAUGCCCAUGUCCGCACUGUAUGCACAAAGAAAAGUGCCUCUAUCAAUGAAGAUCACGGAGGAUUUGGAGGGAUCAUAACGGCUACCCAUGAACUGGCUCACAGUUUGGGUGCUAAUCAUGAUGGAGAACAGAACCAUUGUCGACCAGAAGAUCAGUACAUAAUGACAGCAAUGGGAGGAGACACCAACCAGGCCACAAAACUCAACCCAUGGAAGUUUUCUGAAUGCUCUGUGGAAUACUUCAGAGACUAUAUUGAAGAGCUGAAUAACAAAAGAGAAAACUGUAUGCUCGAAAAACCUAUGGACAUCGAUCCAAACUUUCAUGAAGUUAUUAAAGAAAUGCCUGGUCAACUCCUAGGACCUAAUGAACAGUGCAAAGAGAAACUUGGUCAGGGAUCUUAUUAUGGAUGGGCUGGUGGUCUUGGAAGAUAUCAAGACAUUUGUACCAAUAUGGCUUGCAAAAACCCCAAAAAGAAAGUGAGCUUCCAUCUUUACAACGCAGCACGAGGAACAUCGUGUGGAAACAAAAAGUGGUGUAUUAAUGGAGAAUGUGUGUUUGACAGAAAAGCACCAGAAAAAGACGAUAAAUGUGUACAUGGAGAUUCUUUGAAGCCAUUUCCAAACAAUGCUACUUGCAGUCAACUUAUAAAUGGUAGACCUUCUAGAUGCUACACAAAAGAAUAUAGAGAAUUUUGUUGUGAAUCUUGCAGUAAGAAAUUCACCGGGAAGAAGCGUUGUGAAUAUGGGGACAAAAUAGCGUCGUGUGUUUUAGUCAAGUCACGGCCUUAUCUGUGCUAUGAUAAGAAAAAUAGCCAGCUUUGUUGUAUUGGAUGUGCAGGUCUACAUACUGGAAUACAAGGAUGCGAAUAUGGCGAUCGUAAGUCAGGAUGUGACAAACGACUGUGUCACACUCGAGAUCAUCAGUUGAACUGCUGUCAAACUUGUGGUAAGGGAAAUCGAACCACAAAAUCAACAACUGUACGUGCACAGCCAUCUCCAAUACCAACUAGACCUGAGCUCAAGCCAACUCCCAGACAUAUAACAAGACAGAGAACCCAACCAGAACCAACAAGACAGACUAGAAAUUUCAGACCUGCUCAGCACGUCAACAGACACUCAAUCCUUCCCACUACAACCCAUAUGAUUCCAUUUUCUUCUACAAGAUUUAGUUUGAAGAUCGGAGGAAACAAACAAGAGGGUGUCCCAUCUCAAAAUAAACAAGAGGGGAUCGCAGGAGCACCUCAAGAUAUCGUUCCAACAGAGGAUUUGAUCCCAGAUCCUUUUGCACCAGGAUUCUGUGUAAAGAAAAAUGCAUUUUAUAGACCUGACGUUCCUUGCGAAUUUUUAUCCAAAUGGUUGUCGUUAUGUACAGAGACAAGAUUCAAAAGUGCAUGUUGCCAGACAUGUAAUAUUGAUCGAUCCAAAAGUGUGAAAACUGGGUGUGUGGACAGUCAAUUUUGCACUGCACGAACAGGAGCAGAUUGCUACAAGAAAGCAACGAGAGACAACUGCUGUGCCACUUGCAGCAAGUUUGAAACUGGAUUCAUGUUGUGUCCAUAUGGAGAUAAAGACGCUAGAUGUGGUCUUAUGAUGAGGCUGAAUAAGAAAUUUUAUUGUGAAAAUUACGGGUCCACAUGUUGUGAAUCCUGUUUCAAACUCUCUCGUCGACAAGAAGUUACUACGCCAUUUCCUAUUGUAAUAAGUGCGCGUAGACCAGACUCAACAGCUUCAAGAAGCAGAAGUCAAACUCACUCUCGAUCAGAACCAAGAGCCGCUGCAUCAAGGAGUGCUACCUCAUCAACUAACAACCUUGAAAGAGUGAGAGCAAAUUUAAAACGAUUCGUAACAUUCAUUAAUCAAAUUUUCUCAAAAAGCAAGAGUAUAGGAUGAGGGAAAGUCUUUAUUACUUUUGUUUUUGCUCUUUGGUUAGAUUUAAUUUUGAUGUCAGAGUGUUUGUCCCAUGUUUCUGUUUACUUUCUUAACUGGGACCGGUUUCUUGGAUAGAAAUGAUGCAUUGUUCGUUACAAUCUGAAAGAACGAAGUUGAAUUAUGGGGAUGCUGUAUGCUUGACGUCAUUAUUCAGUGACGUUUUUCUCCUGAUUAUAGAAAGGUGUGUUUUAGAUGAUGUUCUGCUUAUUGCAUUUGGUAGAUAUUAGAUUUACCUCUCAGAAAGAUGCAAUUUGUUCCUGUACCAUUGGUCCGCCAUUUUCCUCCAUAGUCCCAUUGAAUUGAUUUGUACUUUCUAAGAUAUUUUGUGAUUGUUUCAAUGUGUUCAAUACCUGUCUUUCGGAGUCUGAUAUCUUUUCUGCAUAACUUUUCAAGUGUUCAUUUUGUAAAUUUUGACCCUUUACAUCUUUCAACCUUAUAUCCAUUUCUUUUAAAGUUUCUGAUAAAUGCAAUUGUUUAAUUUGUCUUCAGAUAUGUAUGUUUUAGGAUUGUAUAUUAAUUGACAAACCAGUAUGCGCUAAUGAAUUAUUCGAUUUAUUUCAGAGCUAGACUAUGUGGACUUGUAAGAUUUAUCUUUCUUCAUUGUAUCAACCGUAGUUAAAUAGUAUUUAUUUCAAAUUUUGUUGCCUUCAUUUGUUUCGUUGAUCUUGUUUUUUUUUAUUCAGUUUGAUUACCUUAUUUAUUUUAUUGUCAUAUUUAUGCGUAUUAUUGUUCCCUAUUUGUUUUACAUACAAUAAAAAUUA